AUGUCCAAUAUCUCCAAGAUGGCGCGUCUGCUUAGGCCACAGGGUGCCUAUGCAUUCAAGGCAUCCUCGCCAUCAAUUGCCCGCCUUCACCAGCAAGGACCCUCGCGCUCCGCAGUGGUUCACGACCAAGCAAUUCCCCACAGCCAGAGCCAUGUGCCUGCAAGCGAAGCACCUCCAUUUCUCCCAUCAAGACAGCCCGCAUCACAAUCGUCCGAAAGUGGAGCUGGUCUAGACUCUCUCGUCUCUCACAUCCCCCUCGUCCAAUCCCUCCGUGACACUCACAGCACAUACAAGGAGUCGCGACCUCAUCUAGCUAUCCCGUCCCCAAUCCGACAGCACCACUUCGUCGGCGGGAGCCUGACCGGCCCCGGCAAGCUCGCAUUCCAGCCAUACAUGUGGCUUUCGACUGGGAAGAGCGGAUCCAAGACCCGAAGUGACAGAGCGAGCAGUGUCGUAUCGGUCUUCCACAUCGGCCAAGAUCUAUGCGGUCACCCUGGCUUUGUUCAUGGCGGUUUACUAUCCGUCAUGUUCGAUGAGGUCUUUGCUCGCUGCGUCUCUGCUGCGUUCCCCAGCGGUCUGGGCAUGACGGCUAAUCUGAAUGUGGAUUUCCGGAAGCCCGCUCUCCCGGAUCGCUUGUAUGUGCUGCGGACGGAGACGACGAAGGUCGAAGGCAGAAAGGCUUGGGUUGAGGGUUGCAUGACUUAUCUCCCCUUGGCGGUGCCUCAUGCCGAGGGGAAUGUUAUUUCGGACUUCAGUCUACUGCAGGAAGAUCAUGAGGGUGCUGUCAUGGUUGCUGAGGCGAAGGCUUUGUUUAUUGAGCCCAAGUUUGCCGAUUCUAUGGUCUCUGUUUACCGAAACUAG